ACUCUGCCACAUGCAGGCCUGAUAAGGCAGGAUGGUUUGUCUCCUGAUACAGGUCGAACGUGUGAUUUCAAAUUGACAGCACAUUUUCAAAUCCAAAACACAGUGUGUUUUAGCUUGUUUAUUAAAUAAUUCACAUUUUUGCAUAUAUUAAAUGCUAAGAUAUUAACGAAUUUGUUUAUUUUUAACCACUGAGACUGCCUGGUGUAAAAUCAUGUGUUAUAUGAAACUUUACUUUUCACGUUGCAUAGGGCGUGUUUUCCAAUGAGGAUAAAUUGUGGGUCUUAGAAGCACUAAUAAUCCUGAGUUUCCACCUUUGGUUCAGCCCAUUUGAGAUUUGUUGCCAUCCAGUUUCAUAAUUGUGUUGUGUUUGUCCAGUUACAGAAAGUGAGGCGCUGGGGAGUGCUUUGAAAUUCUCUAGUGAAACAUUCUCUGAAGGUGUAAAAAAAAAAAAAAAAAAAAAAUCACUCUUCUGAGAAGCAUGAUACAGUCCAGGGUUACUACAGCAUGUUAUUCAUAAGGUCCAGCAUACAACCCAAAAUUACUAAUCAUACAAAGAAACAGUGAAAAGUGAAAAGACAAUCAGUGGAGACCAGCCUUGAAGCAACCCAGUUGUGGGAACUAGCAGAAAGGACUUUAAGCAAUUAUAAUUGUGUUCAUAGAUAAAGGAAGAUACGCUCAUGAUGGGAUAGGAAAUCUCAGCAGAGAGAAACUAUUGAUAUUUAAAAAGAACCAAUGGAAAAUCUGGAACUGAAAAAUACAAUAUCUGAAAUAGAAAAUUCACUGUAUAGGCUUAACAGCAGAUUGGAAAUGACAGUAGGAAGAUUUGGUGAACCUGAAAGUAAAUUACUAGGAAGUGUCUAUUCUUAAGACAAAAAGGAAAAAAAGAUUUUUAAAAAAGAACCUCAUUGAUCCAUGAAACAGUAUCAGAAGGUCUAACACAUGUGGAAUUGGAGUCCCAGAAGGAGUGGAGUGGGGGAAUGGGCAAAAAAUAUAUUUGAAAAGGUAAUGGCCAAGAAUUUCUCAAGCUUGUGAAAAACAUAAUUUACAUAUUCAAGAAUCUUAGUGAGGGCUUCCCUGGUGGCGCAGUGGUUAGGAAUCCACCUGCCAAUGCAGGGGACAUGGGUUUGAGCCCAGGUCCAGGAAGAUCCCACAUGCUGCAGAGCAACUAAGCCCAUGUGCCACAACUACUGAAGCCUGCACGCCUAGAGCCUGUGCUCUGCUACAAGAGAAGCCACCACAAUGAGAAGCCCAUGCACUGCAAUGAAGAGUAGCCCCCACUCGCUGCAACUAGAGAAAGCCCUCACAGAGCAACGAAGACCCAAUGCAGCCAUAAAUAAGUAAAUAGAUAGAUAGAUAGAUAAAUUUUUAAAAAAGAAUCUUAGUGAACUCCAAGCCCAACAUAAAUAAAUAAAUAAAUAAAUAAUAAAUAGGAUCUUAGUGAACUCCAAGCAGGGUAGAUACACAGAAAACCACACAAGCACAUCAUAAUCAAAUUACUGAAGAUAAACAAAAUCUUGAAAGCUAUGAGAAAAAAACACAUUGCAUGCAGGGAUAUGAAUGAUUGUUUACUACUCAUCAGAAAUUACAGAAGCCAAAAGACAGUGGAAUGUCUUCUCUAAGUUACUAAAAGGAAAGCUCUGUCAACUGAAAUUCCGUAUUCAGCAAAAGAUCUUCAAGAUGAAGAUGAAAUUAAGAUAUUUUCAGAUAACGAAAAGUAAAAGAAGUCAUAGCUUCCUGUACUGCGUGAAAGAGGAAGUUUUUCAGGCUGAAGAAAAAUAAUACUAGGUGGGCCAGAGACCUGUGCCACAUGAAAAAGGAAGUUUUUCAGGCUGAAGAAAAAUAAUGCCAGGUGGAAACUCAACUCUUAGAAAAGUAAUGAAAGGCACCAUAUAUGAUAAAUACAAAACCAUUUUUUCAUCUUAACUUUAUUAAAAUAGAUAUGACUGUUUAAAACAAAAUCAUAGGGACUUCCCUGAUGGUCCAUUGAGUAAGACUCCACACUCCCAGUCCGGAGGGCCUGAGUUUGAUCCCUGGUCGGGGAACUAGGUCCCGCGUGCAUGCCGCAACUAAGAGUUGGCAUGCCGCAACUAAGAGUUCGCCUGCCACAAGUAAGAAGUCCACAUGCCACAACUAAAAGACCCAGCACAGCCUAAAUAAAUAAAUAAAUAAUAACAUUUUAAAAAAACAAAACAAAAUUAUAACAUUGUCUUACAUAAAAUAUAACUUAUAUAGAGGUUGGAAUGUUGUUACGUGAAGUGGUACAAUAUUAACUCUAAAUAGACUGAAAAGUUAAGGACAUAUAAUUCUAGAGUAACCUUUUUUUUUUUAAUGCAGAGAGAUAUAUAGCUAAAAUGGAAUUGGAAUAUAUAAAUUAAAUAUAUCAAAAUGGAAUUCUGAAAAUAUUUACUUAAUCUAAAAAUACUACUUAAAAGAAGGCAGAAAAGAGAGAACAGGGGAAAAGUGUUGGGACAGAUAGUAAAAUGAUAGACCCAAAUCCAACCAUAUCAAUAAGUACAUCAAAUGAAAAGGGACUAAACACUCCAAUUAAAUGGCAAAGAUUGUCAGGAUAAGUAAAGAAGCGAAGCCCAACCACAUGCUAUUUACAAAAAAUGCACUUUAAAAAUUUUUUGGCCACACUGUGGGGCAUGCAGGAUCUUAGUUCCCCUACCAGGGAUCGAACCCUCACCCCCAGCAGUGGAAGUGUGGAGCCUUAACCACUGGACUGCCAGGGAGGUCCCCCAAAGUGCACUUUAAAUAUAAAGACACAGAUAGGUUGAAAGUGAAAGAUUGGAAAACAAUAUCCAUGCAAUCUGCAUUAAACAUAAAAAAGAGUGGCUAUGGUAAUAUUAGAUAAAGUAGACUACAAGGCAGAGAACACUACUGGAAAUAAGAGGGGACAUUUAAUAAUGAUAAGGGGAUCAUUUUAUCAGGAAGACAUAACAAUCAUAAAUGUGAUUAUGAAAUACACAUUCUUUUUAAGUGCACAUGCUAUAUUCACUAAGAUACUGGGCCAUAAAACAAAUUUCAAUAAAUUUCAAAAAGUUGGAAUCUUAUAGGGUAUAAUCUCUGACCACAGUGGAAUUAAAAUUUAAAGCAGUAACAGCAAGAUAAUUUAGGUAUCAAAGCAGAAAUCACAAGGGAAAUUAGAAAAGAUAUUGAACUAAAUGAUAAUGAAAAUAUAGCAUUUCAAAAUACGCAAGAUGCAUCUAAAGCAGUGCUUAGAGGGAAAUUUAUAGCUUCAAAUGCAUACAUUAAAAGAAGAAAGGUUUAGAAUCAGUGAUCUAAGAUUCUACCCUAAGAAGGCAGAAAAAUAAGAGCAAGGUAAACCAAAAGCAAGUAGAAAAAGGAAAUAAUAAAAAUAAGAGCAGGGACUUCCCUGGUGGUGCAGUGGUUAAGACUCCACGCUCCCAAUGCAGGGGGCCCGGGUUCAAUCCCUGGUCAGGGAACUAGAUCCCACAUGCAUACCGCAACUAAGAGUUCUCAUGCCACAACUAAAGAGCCCGCAUGCUGCAACUAAGGAGCCUGCGAGCCACAACUAAGACCCAGCACAACCAAAUAAAUAAAUAAAUAAAUAUUUUUUUAAAAAAAAAUAGCAAAUAGGAUGGGGGCUGGGGGGAAGACAGCUGGUAGAAAAAAAUAAAACCAAAAGUUGGUUUUUUUGGAAACAACAAAUUUGAUCAUCUCCUAGCCAGACUGGAGAAACAUAAGAGAAAACAAAAUCCCAAUAUCAAGAUAGAGAGCCCAUGGAUAUUAAAAUGAUACCAAGAGAGUAUUAUGAAUAACUUUAUGACAAAUUCAAUAAUUGAUGAAAUGGACAAAUUCCUUGAAAAAAUACAACUUACCAGAUUGACAUAAGAUGAAAUAGAAAAUAUGAAUAGUUCUAUGUUACAGAAAUUAAAUGUGUUAUCAAAAACAUUUUCACAUGGAAAAAUCCAGGCCCAGGUGGCUUCACUGGUGAAUCAUAUCACACAUUUAAGAAAAGUCUAACACCAAUAUUCUUUCAGAAAAUAAACAAGGAAUAUUCAUUUCCUAGUUCAUUUUAUGAGGCCCUCAUAACCUGAUACCAAAAUCUAACAAAGACAUUACAAAAACGAAAAUUACAAAUUGGUAUCAUUCGUGAACAUAGACACAAAAAUCCGUAAGAAAUUUUAGCAGUUCAAAUCUAGCAAUCUAUAAUAAGGGAUAAUGCCUUAAUGACCAAGUUUCAGUUUAUCUCAGGAAUAUGAAGUUGGCUUAACACUGGAAAAUCAAUCAUUGUAAUUCAUCAUAUAAAGGAUAAAGGGGAAAAGCCAUAACUCUGCAAAUUUGAAAAAGAAGGAAACUUCCUCAACCAGAUAAAGAGUAUCUAGGGACUUCCCUGGUGGUCCAGUGGGUAAGACUCCACGCUCCCAAUGCAGGGGGCCCGGGUUCAAUCCCUGGUCAAGGAACUAGAUCCUGCAUGCAUGCCGCAACUAAGAGUUUGCAUGCUGCAGCUAAGACCCAGCACAGCCAAGAUAGAUAGAUAGACAGGUAAAUAAAUAAAUAAAAAUAAAUCUUUUUUUUAAAAAAAAGAGUAUGUAUGGAAAAAGCUACAGCUAACAACAUGCUUAAUUGUGAAAUAUUGAAUGCUUUAUCCAUAAGACCUGUAACAAAACAAAGAUGUCCACUCUCCACUUCUAUUCAGUAUUUUACUAUACAUUCUAACUAGUGCAUUAAAGGCAAAUGAAAGAAAUAAAAGACAUGAAGAUCGAAAAUGAGGGAAUUAAAUUGUCUCUAGUCACAAAUAACUUGAUUGUUUACAUAUAAAAUUCCAAGUAAUCUACAAAACUACAAGAACAUACUAAGUAAAUUUACCAAGGUUGCAGGAUACAAGGUCAAUAUGCAAAAAUAAUUUUUUUAUACUAGCAUCAACCAUUCAGAAUUUUAAGGCUUUAACCAGGGAAAUUAGGCAAGAAAAAGAAAGAAAAGGAAAUUGGAAAGUAAGAAGGAAACUCUCGGGCCCUUCCACCCGACCGCCAUGAGCACCAAGCAUGUCACUUGCAGGUAUUUUAUGCGUGGUGUGUGUCGGGAAGGAAACCAGUGCCUGUUCUCACAUGACUUGGCAAACAGCAAGCCAUCUACCAUCUGCAAAUACUACCAGAAGGGCUCUUGCGCCUACGGAACUCGUUGCAGAAACGAUCACACGAGGCCCUCUGCUGCAGCUGGUGGGGCCAUGGGCACUGUUCCCCACGGGGUGCCCUCCCUCGGUUUCCACAGUCCUCACCCUCCUUCUUACCUCACUGCAUCAAUCGUGAAAACUAACUUACACGAGCCUGGGAAACGUGAAAAGAGGACAUUGGUACUUAGAGACCGAAAUCUCUCUGGCAUGGCUAAAGAAAAGACUUGCCCAAGUGUGGUGAGUAAUCCCGGAGGCUGCAGCGACCUGCAGAACAGCCCAGAGCUGAAGCCGCAUUCCUACCUAGAAGCAAUCAGGAGUGGUCGCGACAACUUAGAAGCUAGCAUCUCCUACAGCAGCGAGCAGCAGCUGUGCCCCUACGCAGCUGCCGGGGAGUGCCGAUUUGGGGACGCUUGUGUCUACCUGAAUGGGGAAGUUUGUGAAAUCUGUAGGUUACAAGUCCUGCACCCCUUCGACCCAGAGCAAAGGAAAGCUCACGAGAAGAUCUGCAUGUCAACAUUCGAACACGAGAUGGAGAAGGCCUUUGCCUUCCAGGCCAGUCAGGACAAAGUGUGCAGCAUGUGCAUGGAGGUUAUCCUCGAGAAGGCGUCAGCCUCGUAGCGGAGGUUCGGGAUCCUUUCCAACUGCAACCACACGUAUUGCCUGUCCUGCAUCCGGCAGUGGAGGUGUGCCAAGCAGUUUGAGAACCCAAUCAUCAAGUCUUGUCCAGAGUGCCAUGUGAUAUCAGAGUUUGUAAUUCCAAGUGUGUAUUGGGUAGAAGAUCAGAAUAAAAGGAACGAGUUGAUUGAAGCUUUCAAACAGGGAAUGGGAAAAAAAGUUUGUAAAUACUUUGAGCAAGGCAAAGGGACCUGCCCGUUCGGAAGCAAAUGCCUUUACCGCCAUGCUUACCCUGAUGGGCGGCUAGCGGAACCAGAGAAACCUCGGAAACAGCUCAGUUCUGAAGGCACCGUGAGGUUCUUUAAUUCAGUGCGGCUCUGGGAUUUCAUUGAGAACUGAGAGAGCCAGCAUGUCUACAACACUGAAGACGUCGACAUGACAGAGCUUGGGGACCUCUUCAUGCACCACUCCGGAGUGGAGUCAUCAGAACCCUGAAGAGCAGGUGGUCGCCCUGUGUCUUUGGCUCCACCAGCCGAGCCUUCCCCAAGCCAGGGUGUGCAGAGCUUCCUUCACGGCAGCCUGGGGUGGCGUGUCACUUGGAUUUGAGUGGGGUUGUAUUUAACCUCGGUCUCAUCCACUCCAUUAUUACAGCCAUGGGAAGAGUGAGGAUAUAAAAUAACCUUAACACAUAUAUGGAAUCGCUGCUUCUCUAGUUGCUAUUUAUCUUAGUUGCACCUCAAACUCAUCAGGGGGGCCAGCUGACCAGCCAGAGUUUUCAUUGAUUGAUUCAGACCAGCCUGGCUCCCGUCCUCGAGGACUGUGCAGCUGCCCCUAAAAGCAGCAGAUUCAUUUAUCUUACCAAAGGAUUCCUGUGUGGUGAACCUCCCUAGUAUACUGAAAUAGUGUGGUCAACACUGGAUUUGUAUAUUGCUUUUAAAAACCACGCUGCACACCUUAGCACAAAACUUGACUUAGGGCUCUGCAGUGUCCCAAAUCAGGGGAGAAGUCUUGCUGCGGGACGUUCAGCAGACAGGUAUAAACCUUCUUACCUGGG